CCUGAAGCUGAAAGAAGUCACAGAAAGGCAGAGAAGAAGACGGACAGCAGAGAUUUAUCUCCAAAAUCAAGAUGCAGUCCUGCAGCCGUCUUCAGCUGAUCUUCUGCCUGCUGUCCAUCACUGUGCUUCACUGCAGCGUCCAUGGAGUCCACCAGCUCCCCGUUCAGCACAGAGACCGGCCUGGGCUGACGAACCAGGCCAUCUUUCUGCUCCAUUCAGAAGGGAUGAAGCCCGGAGAGAAACUGCUGGUGAAGCUCCUCCAAACAGACGACCUGAUGAUGAUCAAGAACAAUUUGGUGGAGCCCAAGAGGAAGAGAAGGUUCCCAGGAAACAGUGCUCCACUGGACCGGCUAUCAAUGGGCUCCAUGGAGAACAGGCAGGGGAAGAAGAAGCAGAGUAAGGUGGUCGAAUCGCAACGACGACGUGAAAACCCUCCUCCCAUUGACCGGGUCGGAAUGAGUCGUCUACCAAAAACAAGAGGAUAGCUUUCUCCUUUCCACAGAGCCCCUCUUUUUUAAAGGACUCCCUCUUCUGGACUGGUGAGGAACUGCAAGUA